GCAUGGGGCUGGGGUUAUGCAAUUCGCAACAUUUGAUAUGUUUACUUAUGUUGCUGUAGAAAUUUGGAUAUCUGUUUAACCCACCGCAACCAGAGCAUCAUGAAAGGCGCGAAGAUAAACAGGAUCUGAACAAAAUACCCGGAGUGGCAGGCGUUGAUUAUCCGAUCUACCACGAAGUUCCGCACACGCAAUUCAGUUGCCACAAUGUGCCUGCUGUUCCGGGCAUGUAUGCGAAUGUGGAGACAGGUUGCCAGGCCUAUCAUGUGUGCCACGAUGGUCGCGAGGGGCACCAGGGAGCUUCAUUCCUUUGCACAAACGGAACCAUAUUCAAUCAGAAGGAAUUCGCCUGCGACUGGUGGUACAAUGUGAAGUGUGAGGAGGCUAUUAGCCUCUAUCACUUAAACGCCGAUCCUGAGCAUAAUCCCUAUGUGCCCAAGAAAAAGCCUGAACUGGAACACGAAGCACACGCGCCACAUGGCGGUGCUGGCUUUUUGAUACAUGCCUAAAUCACAUUACAUUUCUUUCAUCCACUAUUUAAAUUCUUUUAAAACUUUCUAUUGAGGCAAU